UAAAAAAAAAAAAAAACUAACUAAAGUUUACAAUGGAUUUGAGAAAUUUAGCAGGAGAAGAGAGAAAAUAGUGGAUGUUCUGUCCAGAAGACUCGCAAUGCUGGUGGUGGACUGAGUUUGGUUUUCCUCUCAAAUCGGGAAUCACACCAUCGAAUCUCUUCACUUGUACACGUGUAAACCCUUUCCUUUCUUCCUCCCAAUUAAACCUAUUUUCUUAUUAUUCAGCUUAGUGGAGAGGCACAGAGAGAAUAAAAGGUUCCGAUCUUGAAGACGAGGGCGUUGAUUUACGGUGAAUUCGUGAUGGGUUUUGGCGUUUUGAGUUGAGAAACCAUUCUGGGGUGGUUAUGUUAAUUUCUUUUGUUCCGAAUCCAGAGAGAGAGAAAAAAGGAAGUGGUUUUCAGGCGAGAAGAGAUGGAUGGAGAAGGGAUCUCUGAUGGGUUAUCGGCGGAAAGGAAAGUGGAAAUCAGAGUAAAUAAGAACGGGAGAAAGGUUAUAGUUGAGAAAUCUGCAGCUGAAGGGUUACCUGAAGGAUGGAUCAAGAAGCUUGUUAUAUCAAACAGAUCAGGCCGUAAAAGAAGAGAUCCAUUCUUCAUUGACCCUCAAAGUGAGUAUAUCUUCCCAUCCUUCAGAGCUGCAUCACGUUAUGUUGAGACUGGCGAUAUUGGGCAUUAUGCACGCAAGUUCAAGGAAAGCGAUACUGAAGAUAAUGAUUCCGGAAAUGGCAAGAACGUUCUUCUUCUGGAGUCUGCUGAUGCUUUACUGGAAAAGGAGAAGAACAUUGAUGUUAAUAAUAGUAAACGGAGAAGAAACUCAUCUUCUUCUUCUGGUGAACAUUCUGAGAAUUGUAAAAUGAAUUCCGAAGUGAGCAGUGUAAUCUCACAAGUUCUCAAGGAUUUGGGGAAGAAGAAAGAUGUGAAUGAUCCUGUCGAGAACCAGCCAAUUGCAAAACGUGUUACUAGGAGCCAAACUAAAGCAAAUGAGACUGAGGAAGUAGACGUACAUGUAAAACCCAGACUGAGAAGUGCUAGUUCACAAAGUCCACAGAAGAGAUCUGUGAUGAAGGAGGAAGAUGUAAGAGAUUCUGCUGAAAAAGGGAUCACGAGGAGUAAGGCUAUAGUGAAGAAGAAUGAGUUAGCUAAUAGUGUAGCAAGAAGAGCAUCAAAACGAUUAGCUGGUAUUGAGCUUGAACCUACCCCUGAACUGGAUACAAUAACCAAAGCUCAACGAGUAGCACCUCCUGAUAAUGAUGACGAUGGCACGGCCGGAAAGUGCAAGCCACCUGUGGAUCCUAUUGCUGUUACCAGCGGAUUGAAAAAGAUGGAUAUACCUCUCACUAAGGAAGAAGCCAAAAGCUAUAAUACUGAGCAUUCAUUUCCAAAACCAAAUGCUGCUGCUUCCUCUACAAGCAUGAAUCGCGUGAGUGCAGAAUUAGAAUUGGAAAUGCAGAUAGAAAAGAUGGGUAAACCAGGAGGCAGUAAAGUCUCUGGAGACAAGAAGAAGAUGAAGAUGCCACAGGUGACAUCCCAGGUGGAACUGAACCCAGUUUUUCGUCUUGAGGGUUACAAGCAGAAGGAAGAAAUGUCGCCAGUGUCACCAUUAUCUUGCAAAACUUCUGCAACAAAGCGUGAGAAGACAGCAGGAGGCAAAAGAUUGGGACGGUCGAGUGCAAAUGCUAAUAAAGUUACUAGUCCGAAAGCAAAUGAGAUCUCAUCAUCAAAUAAAGAAGAGCAUCCGCAUACGCAUCCUUAUGAUAACGGAAAUUCCACUCAGAGGAGAAAUAAACUAAGCAGCAACUUAUUUGAAUCAUCUGUUGUUAGAGGCACAUGCUCAGAAGUGAUGGAGAUGAGUAAUAAUACCAACAGCUUCUCCUCCUCCUCUGCAGCAACUCUUGCAGAUCUUUGGAAAGAUCCUUGCAUUGCCUUUGCUAUCAAAACACUGACCGGAGACACGCUUCGUUUUCCCAACAACACUGCCGCAAUCUCUUCUGAUCCAAAGAGCAAUCAUGCCAAGCAGAAAGGAGUCACAUUUCUCCCAGAGACGCCUCAAAACGCUAACGCAUACUCUGGCAAACCAGGAGUGUCUAGUGAAUCAGCGCCGGGUAUGGAUAUGUGGAAAGACCCGUGUAUCGACUUUGCUAUAAAAACCCUGACGGGGGCGAUCCCUAUAGUGUCAAAUGACCCGGUUGUAAGACCAAAACAUGAAGGGAUGACGAUGACAUCAUCAUCAAGACAGGAACAUGAAGGUAGGCAAAAGCAGCAUCUGUGAUUAUGUAGUUCAACAGUAUAGUAACAAGGCCAUGGGGAAACCUGGGGGAGAUCUAAGGUUUCCACAACUUUUUCUCCGAGGACUAGGUUGUUUUCUCUUUGCACUAGUAGUUUAAAGAUCCAUCAUCCAUGUGCAAUGCCUGCUUCUUUGUGUUCUGUAUAUACAAUAUGUAUUACUUUGAUGUAUCGACAGAACCUGCAAACUCAUAUAAGCUAUUAAUAUCCUGUUUUUUUCUC